AUGCCAAAGGCGAAGGAGCUUGCAGACAGACUCAGGACCAUCUUGUAUACUCAACUGAAGGUAGUUGGCGUCACGGGCUCUACCACGCAGGACAACCAGCUUUUCUGGCACAUUGCUUCCGCUGGCCUCACAUCUUGCUUUAUGGCGGCUCUGACAGUUAAGGGUCUCCUCGAAGCCAUGCCAGUGGAGGUGGAGUUCAAAUGGAUCUCCGCAGGCAUGCCUUAUGUGGGGACAGACAUGGACCGUCAACCUGGCAGUCCGUCUCUGAACGAUCCGGGAACGACAGCAACAGUUGCUAGGGCUGUGACACCAUCUCUCAGAUACAGAGAUCCGGAGGUCAACUCAAGUUCUGGAUGGAUUUGGGUGACGAAGGCUAAGGGUAUCUUACUGAGGACUACUGGUUGA